UCAAACAGCUGAUUCAAUGACAAUCUACAUUUACGAGCCACAGCGGCAACUUGAUGGAAAAAGAAAUAAAUGUUUUCGUGAUCGUUUUAGAAAUUCAGAUUUUUAUUUGUGCCAAUGUUUAUUUUCAAACGAAGAUUUUCUACGUUUCUGCAGCUGAGUGAAAGAAGCAAAGCCGUUCAGAAUGCGUGCAGAGUAUUUGCAGAAAAGGAAUUGAGACCGGUUGCCGAUCUACAUGAUAAAUUAUCCAAAUUUCCACAGAAGCAAAUUGAACAUCUCGGACGUGAGGGUUUGAUGGGCGCUUGUAUCGAUGGAAAAUACGGUGGUAGAGGAUAUAAUCUAUUGACAUUCACACUAGCAAUAGAGGAAUUGUCACGUGUUUGUGCAAGCACGGGAAUUAUUGUAUCUAUCCACAAUUGCCUUUAUGCGGAUUUAGUACAAACAUACGGAACGCCAGAUCAACUAAAUGAGUUUUUAGUCCCGUUUACAAGUGGACAAAUCGGAGUCUUUGCUCUCAGCGAACACGAUGCUGGGUCAGAUGCAGCAAACCUAUCAACGACUGCAACUAAAACUGAAAGUCACUACAUUCUGAAUGGACGUAAAGCAUGGGUGACUUCAGGAGUUGAGGCCAAAGCCGGAGUAUUUUUUGCGCAUACAAAUAAAGACAAAGGUCACAAAGGUAUUACAGCUUUCAUAGUGCCGCUGGAUAUACCUGGCGUUGAAUUAGGACGGCGUGAAGAAAAACUGGGCAUUCGUGCAUCGUCAACAUGUGACAUCAUUUUAAACAAUGUACAACUACCUCAUACAAGUGUCAUUGGAGAGGUCGGAAGUGGAUUUGAGAUUGCGAUGCGUCAGUUACAAUUGGGACGAAUUGGGGUAGCCGCACAAGCAUUGGGUAUUGGUCAAGCCGCAUUUGAAUUAGCUGUGAAAUAUUCAUGUCAACGAACUGUCUUCGGUGAAAGACUCUGUGAUAAACAGUUAGUGAAAAGCAAACUGGCAAAAAUGGCAACUGAGCUGGAAUCGGCCCGUCUUUUGUUGUGGAAAGCUGCAGCUAUGCGAGACGCCAAACAAGAUUUUAGAAAAAUAAGUUCGAUGGCAAAAUUGGCGGCUAGCACUUGCGCGACAAGCAAUGCACACCAUUGUGUUCAAAUCUUAGGUGCAAAAGGAUUUGUGAGUGGCGAGGCCGAGCGAUAUUACCGUGACUCGAGAAUUACUCAAAUUUAUGGCGGUGCAACCGAUAUCCAAAAGUUAGUCAUAGCAGAUUUGAUUCUCAAGGAAGCUGAAUUCGACUAAAGUCAUGAAGAUUUUCAUAUAUUUUUCUUUACAUGGUGUUGGUAUUGAAUUAUAAUUUUUUGGUGUUUUCGAACGAAACGAAGAUUCCAUAUUUUUUAUUCCAAAUCUUAUUUAAUAAAAAGAAGAAGAGUAUACAACAA